AUGCAGCCAAAACCUAGCGCACCCCAGCCGGGCCCAUCUACCCAGUAUGGACCCUCCGAAACUGCAAGUACGACCAGCUCAGUCUCGCCUCGCGCACGCUCACCUUUUCGCACCGAUACUCCCGAUCGAGGGUUUGGCAAUGACAACGGCUCUGUUCCCCUGUCCGUCUCGAAAGCUGCUGCUGCUGGUGCCAAUUCAGGUCCUAGUCGCCCUGCCACCGCAGCACUCGCCGCAAAAAUCGCUGCCUCACGCCCGCAUGGCACCGUUGCAGAUGCCGUUGCAGCUUCGUUGGGUAGCAAGCGAGAACGUAGAAGAAAACGCAUCCAUUACAGCUGCGCAGAAUGUCAUCGUCGCAAGCACAAGUGUGAUCGUCAGACUCCCUGUCAGCCUUGCAUAGACCGUGGUCUAGGCGACAGCUGCCGACCUUUCGAAGAUGGUGACCAGUUUGGCGACAUGCGUGAUCGAGUGCAACGACUCGAAGACAUUGUCGAGGGUCUUGCCAUCGCCCAUGCCGAGCUUGCCAAGGAACUCAAGGACUCUCGCGGUCAGAUGGCUGCCUUUGUCGAAAUGGUCUCGAGCGACGAGGAGCAAGACGCCGAUACCAACGACCCCGCCGCCACCUCACGCCCGAAACCCAAAAAACGCAGAAGGAUCAUUCGUCCCAGCACCGCCCGUGGUAUCGAACGAGAGGAACUCUUCAACUCGGAGGCGCAGGCCAUCGCUGCCUCCAAAGGCGAAGUCGUGGACUCGACCAUCUCCAAGGCAAACGUGCCACGCUACGAUCUCGGUGGCAACCCGCUCGAAGGCGGCCUUGCUCGUGAUGGCGACAGCUGGUUUGGCGCGCUGGCACUACCCUCGGUCAGCCGUGGUGUCAUCGAGACCGAGAUUAAUGGCGAACGUCUCGAGCUUGGUGCCAACUUCCCUCGUUUUCCGGCUUCGGUCAAACUACAUCGUCUCAUCCACGAGGGUGGUGCUCCCGAAAACAUCCUCAGCGAUCUUAUGAACUCUCUUCCUUCCAGAGCCGAUACCGACCGUCUUCUCGACAUCUACUUCCGCGACAUCAAUCACACUCGACUGCCCAUCCACGAAGGUACUUUCCGCCAGUCCUACGACGAGCUGAUGGAGUUCAGAUGGGGCAAUGCAAAGGAGGAGCGAGGCGAUGACGGCGCAAGGCAUGUUCCCUUCUUGGCAUUCCUCUUUGCCAUCCUGGCCACCGCCAUGCGCUCGCUUCCAGAAGCGUUUGGAAGUGAUUCCGAGGCCAAAAAGGGAGCAGUUCGUCUGUACCAUGCUUGCCGACGCACCAUCAACAUUGCCUCAACCAUCCGUGUCGACCACAUUGACCUCGUACUCGCCCAUCUCUUUGCGGCUCGCUUCUUGAUAUGCCAGCGCCAGAGCGCUGAGAGUUGGUCGUUGCUCGGCAACGCCAUUCGCGCCGCACAGGCCAUCGGUCUUCACAGAGAUGGCAGCAAGCUUGGCCUCGACGCCAUCACCACCGAACGCAGGCGUCGACUUUGGGCUAUCAUUUUCUACAUGGACAAGACGACCAGCAUUCUCCUCGGUCGUCCCCAAGCCAUCCAGGAUAUCCACUGUGAUACGCUUCCGCCUUCCGACAUUGACAUCGACACCAUGCCAAGGUCGGCUCGGCCCUACGUGCCACGUACCAGGCCGCGUCCGAAUACCCCGCCUGGUGUUUUCCUCUUUGUCGCCAUUCGUCAUGAGCUUACACGCCUCACAGGCAAAAUUGUCGAGCAUUUCCAAAACCUUGCCAGUCCGCGUCGGUAUGCGGAUGUCGUUGCGCUCGAUGAGGAGCUCGAAAAGUUUCGAAAGGACAUUCCAGACAUCUACCGCGUCGACAAGGCAACCAACGGUACUGGUCCCGAUACCAACAAGGAAUUCGACACCGUCUGCCCCUGGUUGCCGCUCCAUCGAUACCUUCUCAACAUUGAGUAUCACUACGUUCGCAUCGCCCUACACAGGCCGUACGUGCUGCGCAAUUCGGAAAAGUAUUCACAUUCGCGCACAGCAGCGUUCGAAAGUGCCAAAGCGGAUCGUAGGGUGCGUCAGGAAUAUCGAAAGGACGUCAAGUGGGAGCCCGAGCGUGCACGCAAGGUUCACAUGGGCGGUCUCUAUCGCCUCUUCAAUGCCACCAUGAUGAUCGGUAUUGCUCUUCUUCUCGACCCCAAUGGACCUGAGGCGCCCGACUUUUUGUCGUAUCUCGACGAGUUCAUCGAGCUGCACAAGCAUCGCGAAGGCGAUGCGGACCAGUGCAGCAAGCGUGAAGUCAAGAUCAUCGAGCUCUUCAGGGCCAAAGCGCGCGAUCCGACGUGGUGCGCUACGUCUGCAACCGGCGCCAGCAAGAAAGUGCCUGGUGUCGAAGCAUCCUCCAAGGGCAAAGGUGGAAAGCCAAAUGGUGGCGCCUCGAAACGCAGCAAGGAUGCGGCUGGAAAGCGCGAGAGCAGCAAUGAGGGCACAGCUGGUGUCGGUACCGCCGCCUUCAGCUCAGCCAUGCUGCUUGGUGGCUCCAAGCCCAGCGGCUCACAGCUGGCACGUGCUAAUUCGGUCAACACGACCGAGAGCAUCACGCCUCCGCCAUUUGCUGGACUCUUUGGCGCCAAUCCAGGCGCUCCUACUCCUGGUCUCGCACUCGGUGCGGUUUCAACAGGCACAACAAGCGACGCAACCACCGAUCUUGCCCAGAGCAUCUUUGAUCAGCUCGGAGGAUACGAGCCCAGCUUUGGCAUGCUCAAUCCGACUCCCAAUGACGCACUUAACUUUAAUUCUGGCUCGGGUCUAGGCUUUGGUCCGAGCCAUACAUCCAACAGCAUGGGUUUCGACUCGGCGGCCGGGUUCGAUAUCACGAGCUACUUCAACACGCCUCCUGCUGGCUCGUCGGAUCCCUCGCCGAACGUGACCACCAAUGCAGCCACGUCCUCUGCCCCGGCGAGCUCGGGUCUGGCGCGCAGUACCACCAACUCUGUUCACACGGCCGGCACAAGUUCGUCCGAGCCUAGCGGGUUGGCAAGCUACCAGCCGAGCGCACACCCUCAUCUACGCGCGCUCAAUACUCCAGGCGGUUUCAACAGCUUCGCUGGAGCCUCGGAUGGUAGCGUUCGCAGGACAGCCGAUGCAUUGGGUAUCAACGGCAUCGCACCUAUGGGUGGUGGUACUGCUUCGGGCGAUUGGGGCCUGCUACCAUGGGGAGGGCUCAUCGAAGCCAUUGCGCAGAGUUCGCAUGGCAUCGACCAUCAGCAGCAGCAGCAGCAGCAGAACGGGAGCAAUGGCACGCCGGGAUCACAUGCAGAGAUGAAGACAGAGACGCCCGAAGAACCGGAGAAGAUUUGA